AUGGGCUUGCUUGACGUUUGGAAAGAUGUCAGCCUUCUCCAGGUUGUAUGCUCGUUGUUUGGAGCGUACACGUUGCUCCUGCUUUACUACAGGGCUAGGGCCGAGUACUCCAUCAGUAGAUCGGGAGGAGUCAGAGCGCCAGUUAUCGCUUCCAACCCGGUGACAGCGUUGCCGAUUUUUCUCCGUCUUGGCCGAUAUCACCUCAAGCAUCAACUUCUCGAUGGCUUCAACGCACUCUUUAAUGUCUCUGAUAAUGAGCGUUCGAAUACAAUCGAGAUGAGUUUCACUGGGAAACGUCGGUUUCUCAUGACUAGAGAUCCGGAGCACAUCAAGACGAUACUCGCCUCUAAGUUUACGGAUUUCGGGAAGGGUCCCACGUUUCAUCAGAUCUGGUCUCCAUUCCUAGGAGACAGCAUCUUCACGACAGACGGAAAACUUUGGCAGGAUAGUCGAAGCCUGAUCCGGCCCAUGUUUAUCAGGGACCGUGUUAGCGACCUCGCCAUCUUCGACAAGUGGACCAACGUCAUGAUAGGACAGUUCCCGGCGUCCGGAGUAACCUUUGACAUUUCAGAUCUCUUCUACCGAAUGACACUCGAUGUAACAGUUGAAUUUCUGCUCGGACAUAGUGUUAACAGUCUUGAAAACCCGAAGCACCACUUCGCCCACGCUUUCAACCAGGUGCAAAACUAUCAAAUGUAUUUCACCGUCAUGGGGCCUUUGCGGACCGUUUUGCCAGAUGGAAAGUAUAAACGAGGCAUUAAGGUCAUUGAGGAAUUCAUUCGCCCGUUUAUUCAGAACGUGCUGGCUAUCACGCCAUCCGACCUCGAAAAUCUCUCCAAGUCAGAUAAAGAGUUUACGUUCCUCCAUAAUAUUGCCCGUUUUACCCGCGACCCCAAGGUUAUACGGGACCAACUUGUGGCCAUCCUCCUUGCCGGCCGAGACACAACUGCUGCCACGCUAUCCUGGACUCUCUAUGAGCUUGCUCACUACCCAGAAAUAUACUCAAAACUCCGGAACGAGGUAUUGGCAACGGUCGGUGUGACGAGAGCACCAACUUACGAAGAUCUGAAGAGCAUGAAGUACUUGACGUACUGUUUACAAGAAACGCUGCGUCUGUAUCCAGCAGUGCCGUUCAACUUGCGCUCCGCCCUAUCAACGACGACGUUGCCUGGCAGUCACGGCGCACCAGACAUCGCUAUUCUUGAGGGGGAUGCAGUGGCAUACAGCACGCUGGCGAUGCAGAGGAGGAGAGACCUGUACCCGGCUAUUUCAGAGACGUUCGCGGACCCGGGAAUCUACAGCCCCGAGAGAUGGGAGCACUGGCAGCCGAAGCCGUGGCAGUAUGUGCCGUUCAAUGGUGGCCCAAGGAUUUGCGUCGGACAGAAUUUUGCAAAUACAGAGAUGGCCUACGCAAUGGUACAGCUUGUGCAGAAAUUCGAUAGGCUAGAGUAUCGUGGCGACUGGGAUGCCCAGGUCUUGAGGGCCGACAUUGUAGGCGCGCCAGGUCACGGUGUUCCUGUUGCCUUGUUCCAUGCCACCACUAGUGACGAGAUGGCGUAG